AUGUUUGAGGUGCAAUUGGAUGAAAUUGAUAAACUUGAGAAGUUUAGGUGUAAAUUUGAUUUUUCUCAGGAAGAUUGUAUAAAUUUAUGUGUCACUGUUUUACUUUGGGAAGCUGAUGUCUUUGAUCACGGUGCCACAGGAGGAAGGAUGGAUUUGGAGUAUGGCUCAGGGGGCUCUGUUUCUGCUGCAGCCAUUGAUUCUUCGAACAUAGGGUUUCAGCUUUUGAAGAAGCAUGGUUGGAGGGAAGGAACGGGCCUUGGAGUUUCUGAGCAGGGUAGGUUGGAACCCGUCCAGGCAUCUAUAAAGAAUAAUAAACGAGGUUUGGGAGCAGAUAAAGUGAAGAAGAAGCUUAAAGAAACUACCGAUAUUGCAGCCUCUGAUAGGAAAAAUAACCAGAAAGCAAAGGGGCUGUCAAAAAGAAUGAGGAAGAUGCAAGAGGAAGAGAGGCUAUUUCAAGAGAAGGAAUUUGAGCGAGCUUUUUUUAGGGAAUUUUGGCCAGAAAAUGUUUGA